AUGUCAUCCGAGACUGUGCCGCUUUUAGGAAAAGAUCGUGAAAAGAAUACGGGAUUUUAUAGCCUUAUACCGCUCAUUUUCGCUUUCUCAUUCUCCCAGCAAGAAAUCUUACCUUCAGCUGUGGACACCAUAAAACGUAUUAGCUGUUACGUCAAUGGGGCUGAUGACUGCAACGACGAGGCAGUACAGAAAUUAUCUGCGUCUAUUGUGGCUGCAUAUGGCUCUAUUAACAGCAUAAUGGUGGUAAUAUCGAUCAUCAUAACGACUUCAAUGUUGGACAAAAUCGGAAUAAAGAAAGUCCUAUACGCUAUUCUUAUACAAGCUAUUAUUGCCUCAAUUACUCUCCCUUUGGCUGUGCAUUCAAGUCCAGUGGUUAGUGUAAUAUUGAUGAUAUCAUUCGCUGUUACCUCUGCUUUUGGUGGUCAAACUGCAUUCGGUUUUGCGGUGGCUACACUAGUCAGUAAUAUAACACAUGUCAGCGAUCGUACUACAAAACUGUCUUACGUGGAAGGUACUGCUUUCUUUGGUUUGACGAUCGCUUCGGCAUUUGGAGGGUACCUGCCUGCGAUUACAGGUAACUUCUUAUCUCCAUACUAUUUCUCAUUCUUUAUUUAUUCACUUUGCUUGGUAUAUCUCCAUUAUUUCAUUUCGGAUUCCCCUCACAAUGGCGAUCUCGAACUUCAAGAUGUCGAACAGGUCAAGCAGACUUUCACAACAGCUUUAAAGGAUUUCUUUAAACCACUCUCAAUUAUCCUUGGUAGAGGUCGCAGUAAAAUGAAUCCUGGUCCUCUUUUACUUUGUCUGAGUGUCUUCAUCCUGCAAAGCGGUUCGGCCUUUACUGACAAGACACUAAUACAAUACCUCAGUGAGAGAUUUGGAUUUGACACGAGUAGGACUGGAUUCUAUUUGUCUUUACUGACAGGAUUCAAGGCUGUCUUCUUGCUCAUAGUUUUCCCAGCGGCUUUGCCAUACCUCAAAAGGAAGUAUGAAGAGUGGGCAAUUCACAAGAAAUAUGUCGAGAAUGGCAACGAAAACCCUCGUCAAGAGGAAGAAGAGGUGAUCGAACACGUCGAAGAGCCAGCUAGUUUCUUUGAAGUGAUAGUGGUUAGAUUCUCAUUUACUAUAGAGGCUUUCAUUACACUCGGAAUUGGUUUGGCUACGAAUGCGCCAACCGUGGCUGUUAUGAUAUGUUUUCUCUCAGUCGGAAGUGGAUCUCUGCCUGCUUUGAAGGCACUCAUGAUAGCCUUCUCACCAAGCAAGCGUGAUAGAGCAGCCACCUUGGGUGCGCUCUAUAUGGUUGAUGCUGUAGGUCAGGUAUUAUCACCUAUAGCACUUGGUGGAAUUUUCGCAGCUAGUGUGUCCAAGCAUCCAGGAUUAGUAUUCGCUGUUUCAGCUAUACUCAUUGGUCUAUCAACUGUUCCAACAUACUUCAUGAAAGACAAGGAUAUAAAUCGGUAG